AUGGUUAUUGGAAGAAUUGAAACUCGAAUACGAGUUAAAGGUAUACAGAAGAACCAAGGAUUACCGUGCACCACCAGAAUUAAACAAGGUUCACCCAUUAGGAAAAUCACCUGUCAUCGAGAUUAUUAA